AUACAUAUGUUUGGUGUAUGCGAGAGCAGAUGAGAAUCACUUGAGAUACCGGUAUUGUCAGAAUAAAAGAGCGAGCCAGCAACAUCAGCGGAUCAAGUGAGCAAGAACAGAACUGGGCUCGAUCGAUUGAUAAGACGUUUAUGUACUAAGGUUUCAUUGUUUAUUUAGUUUCCCUAAUUAAUGGUUGAGCACAAAACAAUGAGCAAGAGCUGCUUGAAUUUGCGAUUAUUUGGAUUGAGCAUUAUUUGCCUCUGGCUGACGUUGAACCGAAGUACUGAAGGAAAACCAAUCAAACACUUUGGACGCUGUCGCAUCGAUGCGGCUGAUUCUGGAUUUUGUCUGCCUCAAGAUGAGUGCAAGGAGAAUUUAGAGAGUUUCCCCAACUCAAUACACAGUCAAUGUAAGAGUAAAGUUAUAACAAAUUUGGUUUGUUGUCCAAAUAAACGAUCGACCAAAACAUCAGAGUUCAUCUUGCCCCAGCCUGGAUUAUGCGGAUAUUCAUUUGGGAAUCGCAUUAUUAUGGGUCAGGUGACUCAUAUCAAAGAUUUCCCAUGGAUGGCCUUGCUCCGCUACACCACAGAUGGUGAGGAGUAUACGAGUCGCUGUGGCGGAUCCCUUAUACAUCCACGUUGGAUUGUAACCGCUGCCCAUUGUGUGCCCGAUGCGACAAGUACGUCGCGGUUACAGCAAGUGCGAUUAGGUGAAUGGAACGUUACCACAAAUCCAGAUUGCCAGCAAUUCAGGCAAGAUCGGAUUUGUGCUCCAGCUUAUCAGGACUUUCAAAUAGAACAGAUUAUUGUGCAUGAGCAAUAUAAGCCCAACGAAGCAAAUCUAGGACGUCAUGACAAUUACGCCAAUGAUGUAGCCUUGCUGAAACUGAAGGAAGCUGUGAUUUUUAGCGAAUACAUUAUGCCCGUUUGCCUGCCGCCAGCUAAUCCGAAUGAGGAGCAUCGUUAUGGCGGCUAUUCCAUGGACAUUGCCGGUUGGGGUAAUACAGAGAACAUCCGUUAUGGUGGUAGUCCUAUCAAAUUGAGGACCAGUGUUGAAUGUCUAUCCAGUGCCAGCUGCAGGAGUGUCUAUGGCGAUAUAAAUAUUGGCCAAAUGUGUGUUGGCGGAUCAACUGAGGCGGGCACCUGCCAUGGUGACUCGGGUGGUCCAUUGAUGUUGCUCGACGACAAUGGCAUUGGCAGCCAAAGCUAUUAUCUUGUUGGCCUAAUCUCACUCGGUUGGAGCUCUUGUAAUAAUCGCAAUCGUCCCAUGAUCUUUACAAGAGUAGAGCACUAUAUACCCUGGCUUAUAGCCACCAUGUCUUCCAAUAGUGUAGUCACUAAAAGACUCCGUGGUCCAAGGGAUCUUAGCCAACGUAGAUCUAAUUAAUCCCAUUAAUUUUCGUGUCAUUAUAAAGUUGAGAUUAAAUAGAAUGUAGAAUCAUUUAAA